AAAAAUCCGAAUGCCUCGCUGCCCCCUCCGCGACCGAAUCACUUUGUCUGUGCAGACUGGGGCGUGGCAACUCAACGAACCUCACCGUCGUUGUCCGCGGGCGCGGUUGGUGGACGUGUGGCGACUCUGGAGGUCUUCACUAUGCCACCGUCUCCUCGUCAGCUUCGUCAGACCAGCGGGAAGGUCUUCUACGUUGGUGUCGCCUCGUCUAAUUCCUUGGAUCCAUCGUCGUACAUAACAGAAGACAUGGCUGCUGUUGAAGAGGAGCAAAGAGAAGAGUUGGGUCUUUGUCUUGAGAUGGACGUACGACUGUCCUCAGAUAACAUCGAUGGUCCUUCUAGACUAACCGUUAAGUUCAGAUCCUUGACCCAGACAAUUGAAGCAUUUCCGGAAUCGACAUUACUACCUCAGACAACCACUCCAAGCUCAACCUUGGCGCCGUCGCUGCAGCAGAGAGUUGCCUAUUUCACCGGCCUCGCAAGUCGCAUUUUAUGGCCACCCUCUACUGCGCCGACGCAGCCACAACUCCAACGCCAUGCCGGUCCCCCUCUCGAUCGCUGGCUUCACUUUACCCUCCCGAUUGACCCCAAACUCCUCGCCACAGCCCCCUCUGACUCGCCUCUGCACUUCGCCCUGCACGGUCACUCGGGUGUCUGUGUGGACUCCCUGCUAUUCUCGAAAUGCAGCAUCAAUUUUGCAACUCCUAGUCUUUCUUGGCCUCCGAACAACACGCUCAACCUCUCCUCACUUCCACCGGCCAACAUGUUCGCAAGUGCCGACUCCACCAGUCCCUCCCCGUUCAAUCCCCUCCUCACUGGCGCCUUCUUCUUCGCCUGCCUCCUAGUUGUCCUCGUGAGUCUACUGAUUGUCGUCUUGGUUGUAUCUGUUGCCUGCGGCAAAACAAGGCGUCUUGGUCGAAAGGGCACCGGUGGGAAGGCGGCAGGAUUUGAGAAAGGCAAGAGUGUCGGGGAUGCAGUCGCACCGACGCAUGUUGGAGCUGCGCUUCUGCGAUCCCCGUCGAUUUCGUCGCUGCCUGGGGCCGCGGUUUACCAGCGCCCUAUUGAUGAACUUCUGCAUAAUGUCGAAGAGGAUGUCGAUGAGAUCAGGCGCAAUUGGCAUCCGCCACCUGGUCAUGCCUCACUGGACACAAAAAGUCAGUACAAGAGACCACAGCGGCGUCCACCCCGUCGGGCGCUGAGCGUGGACAGCCGUUUGCAGUCGAAAUUCGCCGCCUCCUACGACGUGAAACCUGGCGCCGGCGUGGUUCAACGAAGACAUCGAAAGCACAGCAAAAAGGUGGCCGAGAGCGUCAGCCCUUCGAAUGCUUGUCAACGUCUUUCCCUUCUCCUCUCAAUAAACGAGGAGAACGAGCUCAUUCUUGUAGCUCCUACAUCGGCCAAUCCUCCAUCGACACGCGCCUCUCCACAACCUGUAGCAAGAAGCGAUGAUGUUCCAACCACGGCCGCAGAAGAGGCUCCUAACACAUCGUCCAACAUCACCAACUCCUCAUCUCGCUCUUCGGAGCCUUCGUCGGGCACAGCAACCACAGCAACAACCUCUUCGGGCAACAAUACGUCUAUAACCACUUCGAAGUCCUCUCAUCCCUUGGAAGUUACUGCACAUCUCUCGCUAGCGGAAGCUGAAGCAACUUUACAAGAAAUGGCCGCAUCUGUGGCUCAUCUAGGCGAGGGGGCUGAGGAGAGAUGUAGCACUGCAACGUCCACGUCCUCCGGUGCUCUGCCUCCGCUCUACGAGGAAGCUGUUCUCCUACUAGAUCAGUCUCCUAGGGGCAAUGCACCUUCCGUAUUUUAG